CGACGCUGGCGGAGAGAAGUCGCGCAUGUUCCCAGAACACAAUGCUGUUUGGGUCUUAGAGCGUCUCUGUUCAUCUGCUGCAAAGAAGACGAGAAAGAAAAGAGGAGAGAAUCUACCUACCCACACUGCGAGCGAGAGGGACACCGACCGGAGGAAGCGUCUGGACUGGGAAAUAAAACAAUUGUUGGACCAUCAAAGAAAAUAAAGGAUUGCGUUAAUCUCUGAAUAACAGCAACAACGUUGUAAUACAAUAUUUGUUUUCUUCAAUCAAAAAUGUCAUCGUCGGGUAAAGACAACAGCGGUGCUCAACAUGCUAAUUACGUGGGACCAUAUCGCUUGGAAAAGACACUCGGGAAAGGGCAGACAGGGCUGGUGAAGCUGGGGGUCCACUGUGUCACAUGUCAGAAAGUUGCAAUAAAGAUUGUCAACCGGGAGAAGCUCAGCGAGUCUGUGCUAAUGAAGGUGGAGCGAGAGAUCGCUAUUCUAAAGCUCAUAGAACACCCGCACGUUUUAAAGUUGCACGACGUCUACGAAAACAAGAAAUAUUUGUAUUUGGUUCUAGAACAUGUGUCUGGGGGCGAGCUUUUCGACUACUUGGUAAAAAAGGGGAGGUUAACGCCCAAGGAAGCCCGAAAAUUCUUUCGACAGAUCAUAUCAGCGCUGGACUUCUGCCACAGUCACUCAAUAUGCCACAGGGACCUGAAGCCGGAGAACCUGUUGCUAGACGAGAAGAACAACAUCAGGAUAGCGGACUUUGGCAUGGCCUCUCUGCAGGUCGGGGACAGUCUCCUGGAAACCAGCUGUGGGUCCCCUCACUAUGCCUGUCCAGAGGUCAUAAGGGGGGAGAAGUACGACGGCAGGAAAGCCGAUGUGUGGAGCUGUGGGGUCAUCCUGUUUGCACUUUUAGUGGGUGCCCUGCCGUUUGAUGACGACAAUUUGAGAAACUUGCUGGAGAAAGUGAAGCUGGGAGUGUUCCACAUGCCGCACUUCAUCCCACCCGACUGUCAGAACCUCCUCCGCGGGAUGAUCGAGGUGGACGCCACCAAGCGGCUAACGUUAGAUCAAAUCCAGAAGCAUACGUGGUACAUAGGGGGCAAGAAUGAGCCUGAGCCGGAGCAGCCUGUUCCUCGGAAGGUGGCGAUCCGCACCCUGCCCUCGGCCGAAGACAUUGACCCCGACGUGCUGGAGAGUAUGCACUCGCUGGGGUGUUUCCGAGACAAGAACAAACUGAUGAAAGACCUGCUAUCAGAGGAUGACAACCAGGAGAAGAUGAUCUACUUCCUUCUUCUGGACCGAAAGGAGAGGUAUCCCAGUCAUGAGGACCAAAACCUCCCACCUAGAAAUGAAAUAGACCCGCCCAGGAAGCGUGUGGAUUCACCCAUGCUCAACAGGCACGGCAAGCGGAGACCCGAACGCAAGUCCAUGGAGGUCCUGAGCGUGACGGACGGGGGCUCUCCGGUGCCAGUACGGCGGGCCAUCGACAUGGCGCAGCACGGGCAGAGUAAGGCUGUGUUCAGUAAAAGCUUGGAUAUCUCUGACGCCAAUCCCAAAUACAGCAAAGAAGAAAGGUCGCGGUCCAUAAGCGGAGCCUCCUCGGGCCUCUCCACCAGCCCCCUGAGCAGCCCCCGGGUGACCCCCCACCCCUCCCCCAGGGGGAGCCCUCUCCCCACCCCCAAAGGGACGCCGGUGCACACGCCCAAGGAGAGCCCGGCGGGCACCCCCAACCCCACGCCACCCCCCAGCCCCUCCAUCGGGGGCAUGCCCUGGAGGACACGCCUCAACUCCAUCAAGAACAGCUUCCUGGGAUCGCCGCGCUUCCACCGCAGGAAACUGCAAGUUCCUACGCAAGAGGAGAUGUCCAGCCUCACCCCAGAGUCUUCCCCCGAGCUUGCCAAAAAAUCCUGGUUUGGUAACUUUAUCAACCUGGAGAAAGAGGAACAAAUCUUUGUGGUCAUCAGGGACAAGCCUUUGAGUUCCAUCAAAGCGGACAUCGUGCACGCCUUUCUCUCAAUCCCCAGCCUCAGCCACAGUGUGAUCUCACAGACGAGUUUCCGGGCCGAGUACAAGUCCACCGCCGGGCCCACGGUGUUCCAGAAGCCCGUCAAGUUCCAGGUGGACAUCACCUACACCGAGAGCACCGCAGCGCAAAAGGAAAACGGCAUCUACUCAGUCACCUUCACGCUGCUUUCAGGACCCAGCCGGCGCUUCAAGCGGGUGGUGGAGACCAUUCAGGCUCAGUUGUUAAGCACACACGACCAGCCCGGGGUGCAGCAGCUCUCUGGCAGCCCAUUGAGUAACUUCUUUGACGUAAUUAAACAACUUUUUGCAGACGAGAAGAGCGGCCAGGUGCCCCACCCGCCCGCCACGCCCAACAAACACCCCGCAAACAGCAGGAGACAUGACCCAGAAGCCAAUGACUAUGCCUCUAGAGGGGACUCAAAGUGCCCAGCGGGCAGAGACUAAAGCAAAGAUGGUGACAUCUGUUGGGACACAGGAGCAACCUUAAGAAGGAGUAAUAGUGAAUGACUAGAUUAAAAUAAUCGGUUCAUGACAUCAAUAAUAAUAAUAAAAAAAAUAAUAAAUAAAGACGUGAGCAGAGAGCCAGUGGCUUGCAUCGCUCAGUUGUAAAUAUUAAAAACUACUUUGGAAAUUGUCUAUAGGCAUACUUUUGUAUGAUGGAAUGACUGUACAUAACAAAUAUAAAUCAAUUGAAUAUUUUACAAUUAGCUCAUGCUGACACACACAAUCCUUCCCCUUUCCCCCCUUUACCCUUGUCCAAAAACACCCUGAAUCUACCCUGGUAUAUUUCUACCCUAGUAUAUUUUUGUCUUCUUUUUGUCUGUCCUGUUUCUCACCUUUGUGACGCCCUGAAUUGUCUCUACUAGGAAUAAUCCAGAAAGCCUGUUAAGUCCCGCCUCCUGCC